GGCAGUCGCCGUCAGACAGCGUCCACUCAAAGCCACGCGUCGUCUGCUCCGCGUCGUCUGCCUCUUCUUGGCGCGCGGCCGUCUAUAUUGCCCGAAACCGCUUAUAAUUCUAUACAAGAUACGCAUAUUCUGACGAAAUUAUGCUUUACAGCGCCUCUUACAAGUCCCUGCUCGCGUUUGAAAGCGGGCUACCACUGCUCGUUUUUCUCCUCCUGCUAUCUGACGCGGUGCAUCGGUGCGAAGCUCAGCAGCCACAGACUCAGCAGGUCACCACAAACUAUGGCGUCGUCACUGGAAGUCUGAUGCAGGCUCCCGCGCCGGGCUUGGUGACUCAAGUGCCAGUGUACGCUUUCCAGGGGAUACGCUACGCCAAGCCACCCGUCGGUCGUCGCAGGUUUGAGCGCCCCGAACCGCUCGACCAGCGCUCCUCGUUCAGUGACAAUCUACAAGUGAGCCCGCGUUGUCUGCAAUGGACGAGCUUCCCGUCGGAGCGUAUUGUCGGGGACGAGGACUGCCUGUACCUGGACAUCUACGUGCCCGCCACGUACUUCGCCACGCCUGUCACAAAGCUCCCAGUUGUGGUUUUUAUUCCGGGACCCGACUUCAAAAGCGGCGGCAAAGAUGAAAUCAAACCAGGCUACGACUUUGGAUCUAGAAACAUCUUCGUAGUCGUCAACUACAGACUCGGUGUUUUCGGUUUCCUGAGCACAGAAGAUGAGAAUGGGAAGGGAAACAUGGGACUGUGGGAUCAGCAAAUGGCGUUGCGUUUUGUCAAGUCCAACAUCGCUGCCUUCGGAGGGAUCCCGGAGAAGGUGACACUCAUGGGCUUCGGUGCCGGAGCAAUGUCCGUGUCGUUCCACAUGCUCAACGCGGCGUCGUCGGCUCUGUUUUCUCGGGCCAUAAUGUCGGGUGGCUCAGCCGCCAGCCCGGAGGCCACGAUAACCAAUCCGUGGAGGAACGCUCGCCAGUUGGGACGCGCCGUCGGCUGCGGCCAGGAGGAUGGCGCAUCACUUAUCGCCUGUCUCAGGACCAUCGACGCCGUCAAGCUCGUCGAGAAGGCGCAUUACGAACAGAUAAGAUUUUUGCCUAUUGUGGACGCGAACGUCACCACGAAUGCGUUCCUGACAAACUACCCCCGGUUGAUGUUCUGCCAAGGUCGGUUCACGCCGAAGCCAACAAUAUACGGAUACACGAAAAAUGCUGGAUCGCUUCGUUACUUUGAGAGGAUAAACCAAGUGGAAAAUCCAAAAAGCGUCGACCACAUAGUGCAAACUUACCUGAACGAAUUUUUUGAGGAUGAAGACUCACGCGUUGGCGUCACGGCAGCCGUGAGGUUCCAGUAUUACAGGCCACGCAGCAAUCUUUCGAAUGCCACGAGGAACGCGAUCAAUACCAUCAACAUGCUGACGGACUUUCUUGUGGGUGCUCCAAUCGAAAUGGCUCUGUCGGGUCACCUGCGGCUUCUACAGGGUACCUCGUAUACCUCUCCAAACCCUGCUUUCUUGUAUAUAUUCGGAAUACCUAAUGCUCCAAGGACCUUCGCCAACCUCCAGAAGGGCUCCAGGGAGCUUUACGGUGCUACAUACAUGGACGACAUGCUCUACACAGUCAACACUGAAGGAUUGGUGCUGACGACGGAUACAGUUCGGGACCCUCUCAUUGUGGGCUACAUGACUACUUUCUUCAUGGCUUUCAUCAAUGGGCAGGACCCCGGUGGAAUUCUGCGGCCCAUCAACCCUACGCUGCGCCAGUACACCAACAUGUCGCUGACGUACCCUGGAGGCCUGUCCGACAGCGUGCCGUACCGUCCUCAGGAGAUGGACUUCUGGAACUACUUCGUGCCCGACCUGCACCUGGAGCUGAACCGCACCAGUUGGGCGUCGUACCACAACGCGCGCGAGGCCACCCACUUCAAGGCGGCCACCUGGGGAACCACCACGCUCGUCGUGCUGCUGGUGCUCAUCAUCGUCGGACUGCUGGCAGCCUUCUUCGUCUACCGGAGACAGAAGCAGAGGUCGCGAAAGCUCAACUCCCGGGACGGCGUCGAGUUUCGACCCGUCACGCAGGACGUGAAAUUGUAGAGCCGCAGUUUCCACUGUUCUUCGGCCGACGUACUUAACUGCCCGAUCAAAUACUUAAGAGAAAUGUGCGUGCAGUGAGAAAACACUGUGGGGUAUUAGGUGUGAAAUUCCAUUGUAAUGGCCAGAGUUCCUUGACUAAGACAAAGCGGCGGCACCGGACUACCCUCACCUCUACUUUACCGCCCGCAUUUCUUUCAUCUUUCCAUGCGGAGGAGUGAGCUUGUUUUCGCAACGCCGUCGCCUUGGCUACUCACAGUCGAUGCAUUUAGCGGCUUACGUUGUUUUCAUAGUCGUGAGUACUUGACUUUACUGCCAUUCAGGGGCAACUAUCAGGCGCCCUGAUCAUGUAUAACACCUGUGAGGCGUCGGUUCCAGACUGCUUACACUUUACCGUUUUUUAUAGUAUCUGCCUAGCACACCAGCUUCAUCAAAAGUGUGACGGAUAACAAUUAACGCUACCAUCGUCGUAUUUACAAUCAGCCAACUGUCGUGGAAUUUUGCUGCAUGGUUCUUGCGCGUCUGAGCGCAAUAAUGUUGACGCCAUCGCGAAGGACUGCAUUAACGUCAGAACAUUAUAACUGGCUGCCUACACAUGACGAAGUCUUUGACGUCCAUGUUGUUCGACGACUAUGUUGGAAAUUGAUGUUUUCACAUAUUAUCGCGUGUCCACUCAACGGACGGCUCCCCAGACGGCCGUUCCGUAGACAGUAGUUCGUCCGGCUUCGAAGAGCAUCCGUACGACGGAUCAGGCGAGGAGGCAACAAAGCUGGAAAAAUGUUGUUGCUUUCUACCCCACACCCUCCGCGAAUUCUAGCGGCAGACUGGUUUGUGAAUAGCGUCAGGAGGAGGUCGCGAAGAAAGGACGGUUGACAGCGUUGUGUGUUGUUUUGUCCAAAUUGGAUGACGACGGGUGUUCGUCUUUACAAAGUUGGUCUUUAUGACAAAACAGCAGCUUUUGUUGCCAGACUUACAAGGCAUUCUAGGACAAAUUCGCGCAGUUCGACAGCCGGUAUCUGCACGUGAGAAAUGGAUCGGCAUUUACCGUCCGCGUACGUCGUGGACGAGGCGGUGCCAACAGCCAUCCGUGACGUGCAGUCACAUGGUACUUCAUCCGGCACGGAAAAUCAAGAUUUGUUCCGCCGUGUGGAUGGGAUACUAAUCCUCGUCGUAAAUGUAAAACUUUCGAUGCCACGAAACAAGCUGGUGACGUCAUCUGCCUGGCUGUAUUUUUGUGUCAUACUUUCUUGCUUUGAAUGAUGAUUGAAUCAAGCGAAACAAUAUCUAGUCAUACUCGAUGUCGUCGUUUGUCGGUAGGUUGUGUUGAUGCUUUGAGGCGAAAUAUACCAAUGCUAUUUGUUUACAA